AUGAAGCAUUUUCAGCGCUGCAGAAAGAUGUGGUUAGCAUCUUUUGCUAGAUUCAUUACUUGUUUAAUAGCUUGUACAAGCGAGAUCGAUCGGCUAGCUGGACUUUAUUCAAGGAUUGGACGAGGCUGGAGUACACAAGCAACUCAAGAAGAGAAAAGUUUCCAGACAGAAAUGGUUGUGGAGAUCAUCUCAAGUGAUGAUGAAAGUGAGACAAGUCUUGAUUGGAGCAGUGAUGACGAGAUUGAGAUCUUUAGUAAUUCAAUUGCCCCGUUUUCUGGUCAUGUACCAAAAUUCACUACACCCAUUUGUGAGUCAAGUUCUUCAUGGACUAAGCUGAGCAACCAAUAUCUGAAAAUGGGAUUCCCGUCAAGCAUGGCAUUCCAGGCCCAACAUGUACCGUACCUAGGUGAAGAUCGUAAACAUGAAGAUCCGGUAUUCAAUAGUAUUCUCACAUACAUGGCCCUUCAGAAACUGCCCGGUGAUUUUAAUCAAACAUCCUAUGUUCCACACGCUUCUGAGUCUGCAAGAGCUAAUCAUGUAGACCUCUUCAAUGUGAAUAGCGCCCCGAAAUAUGAGGCCGUGAAUUUUUCACAUCAUAUGGGCUUUCAAUAUGAUGAAGCAUUCAACACUAAAGAAAGAUGCUGUAAUUUAAAAACUCCCAUAGAAGAUAUGGUGGACUCUAUUCAAGGACUGGAUGAAGCUGGAGUAGAGAGGCAACAAAAGAAGAGAAAAGUUGCCGGACCAAUAAGGUCGAAAACGAAGACAACCCGCAGGAAGCCGCCAGUGAUAGGAUUUGGACUUCCUCGAGUUUCCAGUGCUGGGAUCUCGUUAACGGUUCAACGAGAUAUUCCACCAAGAGCUAGGGGGCCUCCAUAUUUUUAUUUCGAGAAUGUGAUGCGGGCACCCAAAGGGACGUGGGAAACUAUAAGCAGCUGUUUAUACAAGAUUCAGCCCGAGUUUGUGGACUCCAUACAUUUUACAGCAGCUGCAAGAAAACGAGGAUACCUUCAUAACCUUCCAAUUAAUGGAAGGUUUGAAAUUCUCCCCGUCCCUCCGUCCACCAUACAGGAGGCCCUUCCUUGGACCAAAUAUUGGUGGCCGGAAUGGGAUAAAAGAACCAAAUUCAAUUGUAUCGUUAUGAAUAAUGGUUGGCCAAAUGAUAUGGACGGUAUAGCUAGAGAUCUUAAUAAUUCAGGACCUAAUCCACCCGAACACAUUAGGAAAGAUGUGCUUCGACGUUGCAAAAGAUAUAACUACGUUUGGGUCCAAAAGAAUAAAGUUACUAAUCUAAAGCCUCGUGAAAUAGAGUACAUAAUGGGAUAUCCAAAUGACCACACUAGUUUACUCCGCAAUGAUGCAAAGCGAUAUGAAUGCCUCGCAAAUGCAUUUCAGGUCAAUACGGUGGCUUACCAUCUUUCAGUACUCAAGAAUUUGUUUCCGGGUGGCAUUAAGGUUCUAUCCUUGUUCUCCGGAAUCGGUGGAGCUGAAGUUGCGCUACACAGGCUUAAUAUUCCGAUGAAGCUUGUAGUAUCUGUCGAAAUUUCAGAGAAUUGUCAGCGUAUUCUGCAGAGCUGGUGGGAAAAAAGCAAGCAGCAGGGCCAGCUGAUUCACAUCUCGGAUGUGAAACAUUUAACAUAUUCUGAGCUGAAGAAGUUAAUGCAGAAGUGUGGCGGCUUUGAUCUAGUGAUCGGUGGAAGUCCCUGCAACAACUUAUCGGGGAAUAACCGGACUACCAGAGACGGGCUGGAUGGUGAACACUCUUCUUGUUUUUUUGAUUAUUGUCGAAUUCUUGAGCUUGUCAGGGACGUUGGAAAUCAUAAGCAGCUAUUUAUACGAGAUUAUGCCCGAGUUUGUGGACUCCAUACAUUUUACAGCAGCGGCGAGAAAAAGAAGAUACCUUCAUAA